AUGACCAAGACCAAAGGAUGCGAGGCAUUUUUAUCGGAUUUGGAUAAAUUGCCGUGCAUACAAAUUGGCGAAUUCAAGCUCCGCUUAGAACUCGACGAUGAGUUGUCACCAGAGUUGUUGGAAGUGGCAGUCAAAGAACUCAGAGAAACUCCCGAACAGCAAGAAAAAUCAAUCGCUGAACUGAAAGCAUUACUCGAAAAGGACACUGAUCUGAAAGCGCCCAUAGACAACAGAGCGUGGCUUAUUCGCUUCCUUCGUCCAACGAAAUACUAUCCGGAAAGCGCAUACAAGCUGAUCAAACAAUACUAUCAAUUCAAAGUGAAACACUCGAAUAUAUACAAUGGCCUUUCGCCCAAGACUGAGAAAAACAUUUUCGAUCACGAUAUACUACAUGUCUUACCUAAACGUGACCAAGGCGGCCGCAGGAUUUUAGUCAUCGAAUUAGGAAAGAAAUGGAAGCACAAGAAGUGCACGUUGGACGAAGUAUACAAGGGCGCUGUGAUAUUCCUCGAAGCAGCCAUAAUGGAACCAGCCACCCAAGUAGCCGGUGCCCAAGUAGUUUUUGACAUGGACGGUUUGUCGUUGCAACAGACUUGGCAGUUUAGCCCACCGUUCGCCAAGAGGAUUGUCGACUGGCUUCAAGACGCUGUUCCUGCGCGGGUCAAAGGAAUCCACAUCGUCAACCAACCGAUUCUGUUCAACGUCGUCUUCAAUUUCUUCAAACCGUUCCUGAGGGAAAAAUUACGGUCGAGGAUCGUCUUCCACGGUACUGACAGGGUGUCUUUGCACAAACACUUAUACCAGCCAUGUCUACCGGAAUGCUACGGUGGCACGUUGGACGUACCCCGUGUUACCGGACCUCAGUGGCAUGAACUACUGGUUACAGUAGAAAAAGAAUUUGACGUAUUAAACAACUACGGUUAUGGAAAAUGA